GCCAUGGUCCUGCUGGUCGCCGCGAGGAAGUCGCGCGGUCCCUCGACCUCAGCUGUAGUAGGUGGUAGCAGUGGUGGCUCCGGGCGAGGUCAGGUAAGGGGAUUCGGAGAAGUGCCCGGAGCCACGGCAUACGGGAGACCUUGAGACUUGCUGGGUGGCUGGAGGCGGUCGGCUGCCCCUCUGCCUAGCGGGGACUUCAUCCAGACGGUACCCCGGGCACUGGUCGCACGUGACGCAGCCCCCGCGCCGCCUCUGCAGAAAUAACCAUAACCUUGCUGCCCACUGAAAGCUGUCUACUGAGGGCCUGCCGAGUGCCAGGCGUUGUAUGCAUGUUAUCUUCGUUUCUUAACGGUCCUGCAAGGUAGGUGAGGUCCAGAAAGGUUCAGGGACUUGUUCAGGCUCGGGCAUUUAGAAAGAGGUCACUUCGGUCCAAGCCUCUUCUCAAGGCUUCCCGUCGCUCUCCUCAUUCAGGCAGGCAUGCCCUCCUCUGCCCACCCCGUGCCCAGACCACGUGUCCCGAGGCGGCAAGGACUGAGGCUCUGACCUGUUUGCUCUUGUCCCCUCUCAACCCCUAAGACGAUGCUUGGCACGUAGUUGGCCCUCAGUAAAUACUUAUCGGAUGCAUGGGUGAAUGAAUGAAACUAGCACUGUUCCAAAAGGGGAGGAUUCCAAGCUGCUGAGAGGAGGAGCUGAAGACUCAAUGCCCUGUGAGAAGCUAUGAGAAUCAUGAUUUCCAGGACCUGAUAUGUGGCAGUUGAGUAAAUGUUUGCUGAGUGACCAUAGUUUUCCCAGCACCCACUAAUAAGGAUGGCCACACAGGUUUUUCUGAGGUGAUAACAUUUGCUCUGAGACCUGAAGGAGCCAGCUGUGUGCAGAAAAUCUGGGGAAAGGGUAUUUAGGCCCAGAGAGCAGACAGCACCAAGACCCUGGGCAUGAACAACUUUGGAAAGGUCAACCCCAUGGCUAUUCCGCAUGAUUCAAAUGAAACUUCCUAUUUGCUACCUUCGAACAGUGAGGACUGGGAAGGGCAUGGCAUUCCUGACUUUGUCUAUGGGCAGAAGGAUCUUGUGCUGCAGGGGAUUCAGUGGCCGAGGAUUGCACCCAGCCUCCCAGAUGGGCUGCCACUGUCUCGCUUUGACUCUGCCCUCCGUUCUGCCUGGAGGCAGCGAAUGGAGCUGGGGCUGUUCCGCUACCGCCUGGGGGAGCUGCAAACCCAAACCCUCCCAGGUGCUGUGGGCUUUGUGGCUCAGCUGAAUGUGGAGCGAGGCGUGCAGAGGAGGCUCCCGCAGAACAUCGGGAGCGUGAAGCAGGCAUUUGACCCCAAACAGUUUAACUUCAACAAGAUACGGCCAGGAGAAGUCCUCUUCCGUUUGCGCCGGGAGCCUGAUCUCCCAGGUGCCCUCCCGCAAGAGGACGUCCUUGUGAUGAUCAAUGUCAGCCCCCUGGAGUGGGGCCACAUGCUGCUGGUGCCUGAGCCCUCCCUAGGACUCCCCCAGCGCCUGCUGCCAAGUGCGCUGCGGGCUGGGGUUGAGGCCGUGCUGCUGAGCUCACACCCAGGCUUCCGCAUCGGCUUCAACAGCCUGGGAGGCUUGGCCUCCGUGAACCACCUCCACCUGCAUGGAUAUUACUUGUCCCACAGACUGCCUGUGGAGGGGGCACCAAGCGAGGCCCUGGACCCUGAAGGCCAUUUGCAUCUGCUCCAGGGCCUCCCAGCUCCCGGCUUCCUCUUCUACGCUAGCAGGCCAGGACCUGACUUGGAAGCCUUGAUAGGCAGGGUAUGUCGGGCCACUGACUAUCUGAGUGAUCACGAGAUUGCACAUAAUUUGUUUGUGACCCGGGGGGCCCCACCUGGAAAGACAUCGCCUUCUUCAGCUCUCAUGGGGGUCCGAGUAAUUCUGUGGGCCCGGAAGUCCAGCUUUGGGAUAAAGGAAGGUGAGGCUUUUAAUGUUGCCCUGUGUGAGCUGGCUGGGCACCUCCCCGUCAAAACAUCCCAGGACUUCAGCAGCCUGACGGAGGCGGCCGCGCUGGCCCUCAUUCAGGACUGUCUGCUGCCGCCAGCAGAGGCAGGAGAGGUGCAGGCCGCACUGGUGGCCUUGACAGCCCAGGAGCAGCAGUAAUCCCUCCGGAAGCAUUUUCUUUCCGACCGAUCCAAGUCCCUUCCCGGAGAGCCGUCCAUACUGGCCGUCUGGGCCCUUCCGUGACUGCCUUCUCACCUGACUCAGCCCAAGGGGAGGGAUAGAGAAGUGAGUGAGCUCUUUAAAGAGGAGCAACCGCAGAAUAAAGCAAAUGAAUGGCCCUCGUGAA